CUGAUUGGCUGAAACCUUCUGACAUAUGUGACGGUUCUUCCUUAUUCUCCGGCAGAGGACAGAGUGAAGAUGGCUGCGUCCCUGAGGUGCGUUCUCCGCUCAGGAAAGAAUGCCGUAUCGGCUCUGCGGCGGCGGGAGUUUCACAGGAGCGCCCCGGCCGCUGUGCAGGUGACGGUCCGUGAUGCCUUGACCCAGGCGAUGGACGAGGAGCUGGAGAGGGAUGAGCGGGUGUUCCUGCUGGGUGAGGAAGUGGCCCAGUACGACGGAGCCUACAAGGUCAGCAGGGGUCUGUGGAAGAAGUACGGAGACAAACGCAUCAUCGACACUCCAAUCUCAGAGAUGGGCUUCACCGGCAUCGCAGUGGGAGCCGCCAUGGCCGGCCUGAGACCCAUCUGUGAGUUCAUGACCUUCAACUUCUCCAUGCAAGCCAUCGACCAGGUCAUCAACUCAGCGGCAAAGACCUACUACAUGUCAGCUGGUCUGCAGUCAGUGCCCAUCGUCUUCAGAGGACCCAACGGAGCGUCAGCGGGCGUCGCCGCCCAGCACUCGCAGUGCUUCGCUGCAUGGUACGCUCACUGUCCAGGUCUGAAGGUUGUGAGUCCCUGGAACUCAGAAGACGCCAAAGGUCUCCUGAAAUCAGCCAUCAGAGACGACAACCCUGUGGUGUUCCUGGAGAAUGAGCUGAUGUACGGCGUUCCCUUCGAGAUGUCGGAGGAGUCACAGUCCAAAGACUUCACCAUUCCCAUCGGCAAGGCCAAGGUCGAGAGACAAGGGACUAACGUCACCGUGGUUGCUCACUCACGGUACGUAGGUCAUUGCCUGGACGCUGCCGCUGUCCUCGCCAAGGAGGGAAUCGAAUGUGAGGUGAUCAACCUGCGGACCAUCCGUCCUUUGGAUGUGGAGAGCAUUGAGGCCAGCGUGAUGAAGACCAACCACCUGGUGACGGUGGAGGGGGGCUGGCCUCAGUUUGGAGUCGGAGCUGAGAUCUGCGCCAGGGUCAUGGAAGGUCCCGCCUUUAACUACCUGGAUGCUCCGGUCACCAGGGUGACAGGUGUCGACAUCCCCAUGCCGUACGCUAAGAUCCUGGAGGACCACAGCAUACCGCAGAUUAAAGACAUCAUCUUCUCUAUCAAAAAGACCCUCAACGUCUGAGACACACACACACACACAUAAGACAAACCCACCUGAAUCCUCUUUGUCUUGUUCACACAGAUGGUAGAAACAUCGUCUGGUGAAAUAUGUGAACCACGUGUAAAUACAGCCAAACGUCUCUGUUUAAAAAUACUCCAGAUUGUAAAGUUUCCAGCCAGAUGUUGGUAGAUUAAGCGCACAACUGUUUAUCCGCACCCAGAGCUGUGGACACGCAGGGUUCGGUCAAGUUGUCGCCUCUGUUAGUCGGUGAGAAACAUGACCGAACUGUGUGUGUGGCUCUGGCUGCUCUCUCCACUUCCUCCCCUUGAAAUAAAAGUUGCUCCUGUCCUUUGGGGGUUUUUGUACUUCUAUGGAAGUUCACUGAUGACAAAACUGCUGUGAGAGCCAAGAAAAAGUCACGUUUUUAUCAGUCUGCAGGGUCAGAAUAACAAGUACACGACUGGUUUGUUGUGUAAAUAAUCACGUAACUGUAAAUUUGAUUUCUUCUGACCUUCAGAGGAACGGUUAUGUAGAUUUUAAGCUUCCUGUGUAGGGAUGCACCAAUCCGACUUCUUCAGUCCGGAUACCGAGUAUUGAUCUGGUACCAGUGUUUAAUUAAUGAGCUGUAAGCCUCACUGUGUGGAAGAGACUGGGAUCAUUCUGUCAUGUGUGAGGCAACAUCAUGCUUAAACAUUGCUUUCAUAACUUUGUAAAACAAAAUGUAACAAAUAAAUACAUAGAUAUAAAUUUACUGAAUUGUUAUUUAUUAAAAUAAUGGUAUCCAAUACCUGAUCAAGUUAUUUGAUUCAGUAUCUGAUUGAUAUCUUGGUGCAUCUCUAUUCCUUUGUGGAAUUAAGAUUUUAUUUUCUUUAUGUGACUUUGGUGCAUCCUAUUUUUUGUUUUGUCAAAUGAGAAAAGGGAUUAAAACAUGUUAAUAUUCUCUAAACUUAAGCGUAGAGAAAAGCACUUAACAUCUGGUGAAAACAGAUUUCAUACUGAGCAAAAAAAAAAAGUAGCAGAAAAUCCCAGAUUGUUCUUACGUGCUCUUAAAUUUAGACCAACAGACUGAUGAAAACUUUCUUCUCACUCAGUAGUUUUGUUGUUAAAACACUCCCACAUAAUUCUAACCACCAGAAAAAAUAUUAUAGUCUUUAAACUUCAUUUAUAUUCUCACACUGACUCGGGUUCGUCUCUUAAAAAGCAGCAGUGAAGAAGAAUGAACCAGCUGGAGGUGGAGUGUGGUCAGGAAUAUUUAUUGUAGCUGCAGCAGCUCUGUGGAUGUUUUUGUUGCUGUAAAUGACUCUGUUACAGAAAUAAAAACCUUUCAGUCCUU